ACUGUGAAAACGAUUCAUUCGCAAGCGUGUGCAGGGUUGCAGCAUUGUGUUGUUACGAGUGUCAGCAUGGUUCGAAAACUUAAGUAUCACGAGCAGAAGCUCUUAAAGAAAGUUGACUUUAUAUCGUGGGAAGUCGACAACAACCUCCAUGAAGUAAAGAUAAUGAGAAAGUACUAUGUCCAGAAGCGCGAAGAUUACACAAAAUACAAUAAGCUGUCACGGGCUAUACGGGAUCUGGCGCGGAAGAUCAAGGAGCUGGAUCCGAAGGACCCAUUUCGUGCAAAGGCAACCACCGACUUGCUGAACAAGCUGCACAGCCUGGGCGUCAUUUCCAUCAAGGAAAACCUCGAGAUAUGCGACAGAGUGACCGCUUCAUCAUUCUGCAGGAGAAGGCUCCCUGUCAUCAUGGUGCGAAACCAGAUGGCGCAGCGCGUCAAGAUGGCUACGCAGUUCGUCGAGCAAGGGCAUGUUCGCAUCGGACCUGACGUCGUCACUGAUCCUGCGUUCCUGGUGUCCAGGCAACUGGAGGACUUCGUCACAUGGACCGAUUCGUCGGCCAUCAAGAAGCACGUUGCCGAAUACAACGACAUGAGGGACGACUACGACCUCCUUUAGUGACCGGCUGAGCCUGCAUGGUUCCACUGUAAAUAUGCGAACGAAGACAAAGCCCCCUUUGGUAUUAAAGGCAGCAAGUUUUGCUGGUAAUGUGCUCUUAGCGGCACUAGCGGUGCUAGCGGUACCAGCGCAGCAAUUAAACCUGCUCUUAUCUAUAGUAUCUGGAGCGCCAGCGUAUGUGAACAUAUGGAUUUUUGCGCCUUCGAGGCGUCCUCGCAUCGACCAAACUUUACUUGUGCCAAACACUACUAAGUUGUGGGAAAUCAUAAUAAUAAUAAAAAAGACUCAUCCACUUUC